AUGUAUCCCGUGGAUAAAAGUUGCCUUUGAUAUGCCUAAAAAAUUCAGCGGAGCUCACAAACCAUAUGAAUGAUUGUGUAGUUUAUUCAUUUUUUUCUCGGAGACGAAACGGGGUGGGGUGUAUCAUUUUCUUUAUUUUCUUUAUUUAUUUUUUUCAGUGACUAACCCACUUUCUGCGCAUUCUUUUGAGUGCUGAUCGAGGUUUCCCAUGAAUGCAGUUUUAGUUCACAAUCCGCCCUGCGGAGAGAGAGAGAGAGAGAGAGAGAGAGAGAGAGAGAGGGAGAGAGAGAAAGAGAGCGAGAGAGAGCGAGAGAGAGAGCGCUCCUCCUCCUCCUCCGUCUCUUCCCACCACUCAUCCCAAAAAGCCAAGGUAAGACGGUCUUCACGGCGGAGUCCUCUCAUCAAUUGCCCCCCUCGCAUAAUGGAAACUGAAUUCAAGCGGCUGUGGUACGUCUGUCUCCGGUACUUUUCCGCUUUCACCUCAACAGUAACGUUUGUCUAACGUGGCUGUUCCUCUUCGUGAAAAUAACUUCUGCCCUGGCAUUUUGUUGUUUUGUUUUUUUUCUUUCUUCCAGACACGCUUUCAGAAAUAACCAAACCUACGACUUGUAACUAAAGUGCUCCGGAAGAAGGUCGCGUUUUGUAGAUGGAGAAUUUUGAAUCGAUGGUGACUGAGCUGAAGUCAAGCUGGUUGUGAAGGUGCUGGAUUUGUUCUCCCCUACGCCCCAAGCCGGACACAGCAUGGCGGCGGGAGUAGCAGCAUGGCUUCCCUUUGCCCGGGCGGCAGCUAUCGGCUGGAUGCCUGUGGCCAAUUUGCCCAUGCCAGUGGCGCCCACUGAGAAGAGCAAGCGGCAGGAUGAGCUAAUCAUUCUUAAUGUCAGUGGACGGCGCUUCCAGACCUGGAGGAACACGCUGGACCGCUAUCCAGACACCUUGCUGGGCAGCUCAGAGAAGGAGUUCUUCUACAACGAGGAGACUAAAGAGUACUUCUUUGACCGGGACCCUGACGUGUUCCGCAGUGUGCUUAACUUCUACCGCACUGGCAAGCUCCACUACCCACGCUAUGAGUGCAUCUCCUCCUAUGAUGAGGAGCUGGCUUUCUUUGGUAUUGUCCCAGAGAUCAUUGGUGACUGCUGCUAUGAAGAGUACAAGGACAGGAAGAGGGAGAACGCAGAGCGUCUGAUGGAUGACCAGGAGGACAACAAGGACGCCAAGCUACCCAACAUGACCUUCAGGGAGACCAUGUGGAGGGCCUUCGAGAACCCCCACACUUCCACCAUGGCCCUUGUCUUCUACUACGUCACUGGCUUCUUCAUUGCCGUCUCUGUCAUCACCAAUGUGGUGGAGACGGUUCCCUGUGGCACGGCGCCCAACCAGAAGGAAGUGCCGUGUGGUGAGCGGUACACCGUGGCCUUUUUCUGCAUGGACACGGCCUGCGUUAUGAUCUUCACCGUGGAGUACCUGAUGCGCUUGUUUGCUGCGCCCAGCCGCUACCGUUUCAUGAGGUCCGUCAUGAGCAUCAUUGAUGUAGUGGCCAUCUUGCCCUACUACAUCGGCCUGGUGAUGACUGAUAACGAGGACGUGAGUGGCGCUUUCGUGACACUCCGUGUUUUCCGCGUGUUCCGUAUAUUUAAGUUCUCCCGUCACUCGCAGGGCCUGCGCAUCCUGGGCUACACGCUGAAGAGCUGUGCCUCCGAGCUGGGCUUCCUGCUCUUCUCCCUCACUAUGGCCAUUAUUAUCUUUGCGACCGUUAUGUUCUACGCAGAGAAGGGUUCAAGCUCCAGCAAAUUCACCAGCAUCCCAGCCUCCUUCUGGUACACCAUCGUUACUAUGACAACGCUCGGGUACGGAGACAUGGUUCCUAAGACGAUUGCAGGGAAGAUCUUUGGUUCAAUCUGCUCUCUGAGCGGGGUGCUGGUAAUUGCCCUGCCUGUCCCUGUCAUCGUGUCCAACUUUAGCCGCAUCUAUCACCAGAACCAGAGAGCAGACAAGCGGCGGGCGCAGAAGGUACAGAAAGCCCGCUUGGCCAGGAUACGAAUAUCCAAGACGGGAAGCUCCAAUGCCUUCCUCCACAGCAAGCGUAACGGCCUGUUCAACGAAGCUCUCGAGCUCACGCAACUUCCGUACAAGAUGAACCUUUCAGAUCAGAGUUCCACUGAGGAGGAGCAGCGGUUAAGUAAGUCUACUUCUCUAUUAGAGAGCCAGCACCAUCACCUGCUGCACUGUCUGGAGAAGACCACUAACCACGAGUUUGUGGAUGAGCAGUAUUACCAGCAGAGCUACCUGGAGGCGGGGCUGCAAAACUACCCCUCCCGAAGCCCCUCCCUUUCCAGCCAAGACGGCGUGACGGGCACAUGCUGCACCCGCCGGAGCAAGAAGCAUCACACCCCUUUACCAAACGCCAGUGCCCCAGCACACAUGCAGCCUUUGACACACACGCACAAACACCAACAAGCUUUACAGGAGCUCAGCACCAUCCACAUCCAGCCCCUCAGCACCAGCCGCUCCAGUCUGAACAUGCGCGUGGAUGAACCAGCAUCCCUGAACUGCCAGAGCAGCCAGAUCACCACAGCAAUCAUCAGCAUUCCCACACCGCCAGUGACGACCCCUGAGGGCGAUGCUCACCUGCCCGCGGCCCCCACCCACCAGAACGUUGUGAAGGUGUCCGCGCUGUGAAGACUAGGGUGCAGACGCGUCACACAGAAAGACAGAUAAAGACUCAUCGAGACGAGACUGAGGGACAGAGGAGGACUGGGAAUGAUGGAGGAGAAAGCAUGCAGAGUCCUAGUCUAGCCGUGGUGGAGCCUGCCCUCUGCUGGUCAUGUACUGUAACGACAUGGACUCCCUGUACAGAUGGAGGAUGGCUUUUAGAUACAGUAAAUUCAUGUUAGUGGUUGGUAUGCAUGUGUGCGCGUAUGCGAGUGUGUGUGUGUGUGUGUGUGUGUGUGCGUGUGUGUGUGUGCGUGUGUGUGUGUGUGUGGAUGGGUGAAAGAGCGGGAAAUAUGUGUAGGGAGUCAUUUUAGAUGAGGAGGCGAGUGAGAGUGUGCCUCCAAAGUGUUGGCGAUGAGUUCCCAGAGUAAGUCAUGUGUCACUGUGCACAAAGCACCUUUUUAUGAUUUUCGCUUCAGUUUGACUAUUAGUCUUUUUUUUUUUCUUCUUUUUUUUUUUAGCCGGAGAUAUAAGGGAAAAGGAGGAAAUAUCAAAGGGAAAGAAAAAAAACAACAUAUAAUUGAAACUUUUUUUCUCACUCUGAUUUGACCCAGCCCUUUUGUUUCGUGUCAUUUUGGUCCUCUUACCUGUUGAUAGAUGAGAAAUAUUUCCACCAUUCCUUUUCGGGUCCAAUAUUAUUCCACUCGAGUGAAAAUUCUUUAAAAGAUGAAAUAUGGUAGGUGUGUCUGUGACGGCGUUACCAAUGAGUUUCAUAUUUGUGAAUGAGUAUAUGUGACGUUUUGCUAGAUAGAGGAUUUGUGAUGUUUUGGAUAGGAGGUACUGUAUGUGCCUGUGUGUGUGUGUGUGUGGGGGUGGGUGGGUGGGUGCGUGCGCAUGUGUGUGUGUGGGUGAAUUUGUUUGUCACAGCUGAUUGAAAACUCGUGUUUCAAUUCUUCUGGAAGUCUCUAUGGCUCAGUAUAUGGUAUAUUUGACUAGCUGCCACUCUGAAGGGUUUAUUGCACAUAUUUCUGUCUGAAAUUCUCAGCUUCAAGCCUUUUACACAAUAUGUGCCUGUUUUGCUGGAGUAAAAAGAGAUUUAUUUGUUUUUAUAGUUUUCUGAAUUCCCCUCCCCCCCUGCCUGUUCUGUUCCCUUUUGGCUCUUACAGCCUGACGGACCUCAAAUAACUCAAAUUCUCUAACAAAGAAACAAAAACAAAAAAAACAAAACAAAAAAAAAAAAAAAAAACUAAUUUAAUUCAAACUAACACAAUUAAAAGCACAAGGCGUUUGCUGAGAAUUUCUGACACAAAUCUGUCCUGAGCCCGGGUUCUUUGUGAAUAUUGUUAAUAGAAUAUUUUGUAAUAUUUGACCAUCGUUUGGCAGAACCAGUGAAGCUGUCCUCUCGUUCUCUCUCUCUCUCUCUGUCUCUCUCUCUCUCUCUCUCUCUCUCUCUCUCUUCCUCACUCUGUCUUUCUCUCUUCCUCACACUCCUCUCUCUCUCUCUCUCUCUCUCUCUCUCUCUCUCUCUUCCUCACACUCCUCUCUCUCUCUCUCUCUCUCUCUCGUUGUUGUCCUGUUGUAUCCCUACCUCCUGUGUGAACAACAGUAUGCUUUCGGUAGUCUUUAUAGCUGUCAACGUUUUUUCUUCCCCAAACUCAGCGGGCGUUUUUCAAAGCUGUUGAGUAUGUGUGUACUCUAUGUGGUUAGGAAACUUGGUGUUUGUACUUUUUGUCCUCCUUGGUGUUUCAAAGGAUUUUUAUUUACUUUAUCUUCUGGAGAACUUAAAGCAGGGAAGUCUGUUGUUAACGGUGACCACAGAGACACGGAGGAGGACACUGGAUGAGCCAUCCACGGCUCUCUGUCACCAAAAACAUAUGCUAUUCUGUCUGUUCUCGCGACUCACAGACCCCAUCCUGAAACUUUAGUAUUACCCACCAUCAAAUCCCAUCAAAGUUGACCUUUGUAACUAUGGACGGUGACCUUUUAGCUCCGCUGAUGCCUCCCUCUGUUGGCCUUUUUCAUCUUGAAUGUCAUUCUGAGUCCAACAGCUCCAGAGACAGUUAGGUCUGUCUUUGUUUAUGAGACCACUGCUGGGCUUUCGCUGAAGAACAGCUCCAGUCACAGCAGACCAAGCACCCACUUCUGCUCCACAGAGAUGAAAUACAAUGUUGAUCAAGAGCACACAGACAGGGCUACAGAUACACCAAUAUAUCAGCAUACUGUCCAUCAGCCAGGAGCAUAUUUCAAAAGCAAUACUGGAAUUGGUCUAACAUUGUGUCUGCCCAAAUGUAGCUGAUGUUUUUUCUUUUCCUGUAGAAGUAGAUUGUAUUUAAAACAACUGUCAAACUAGCGGCAAAAUGUAUCAUGGACUUUUUAAAAACAAAAAAGUAUUUAAUUACCUUAAGAUGGAAAUAUCUGACGAGCUUAACCAGUUUUACACAUGCAUUUGUACUAAGAAAAAUUCUGCAUAUCAUCAUCAUAUCAGCCCAUAUGGGUGGAAAUAUAUAACAUAUUGGAACCAUAUCAGUGCAUCACUACACUUAAGACUCCUUUGUUGUGCUUUCAUUCUCUCUGAUCCUGAGGUUAGUAUCGACCUGAAGAACGCCAAAAAUAUUCUACUGAGUUGGAACAGGGUGUGUUUUACCUCUGAUAUUCCUAGUAGUGAGAUAAUACUACUGCUGGUAAUUUAGUACUGUACACAGUGACAACAGCUGCCUAGAUCCAGUAUUAGUGUUUAGUCAAACUGUGUGCAAAUUAACCUGGAGUUAAAAACAGACAAGAAGACAAGCACAGACAGGCAGAGCUUUUUCAGUGUAAUUUUAAAACUGGGGUUAAAGACAUUGACUUCAUAUUCACAGCAUCAAGUCCGACAUUUAGAAUCUAUGGAAAACUACAACAAGGAUCUGACAUAGAUAACGGCAGAAGUGAGGUUCCCUGUACUUUUAUUUUUUUUUGUUGUUGUAAGGACAAGUGAUUAAACGUGAUUUAUUUCCUGCUUUCCUGUUUCGAGACAGGUUUUGUUUCAGCUGCACUUUCAAAAUGACACGGUUUAAAUUAUUACGUAAGCAUAUUUCUGCUCAAAGUGUCGACGGAUUGCAUUUCUUUUAUUUACAAACAACAAAAACAGAGCUCUGUGAUUGUGUUUGUCUCUCUUUCUCUGUUAUGUACUCUCCUUUGAUUGUCUUUUUUCUGGGCUCAGUCAGUUUUCUUCUCACUCUUUGCUUUGCCCUCCUAUGCCACCUGUCGUUGUUGAGACUACUGCUGUGCGUAUCUUGUCAGGUGUUGGAUAUUAUGUAUGACCUUGUCUUGUGUCUCGACUGUGAAACGCCUGAUAAAACAUCUAUAUCUGCCACAAAUACAAAAUCUGUGGGCUCUC